ACAGAAUCCAAGAAACAUAAUAGACAACAAUAACUCAUUCAGAGGGUGCAAAUGCCCAAGGUUUCCCCCAAAUCCCAAAAUGUACUUCACUGCGAGCGGGAACCACAGCCACCGCAAAAUUUUCAAACCACUUUCUUCUUCUUCACUGCGCCUUUAAUACUCCCACACCCAUCGUUUCAACUUCUGGGUUCUCAUUAUAAACCCUAAUCCCUUCUCAUUCUUUCCAUCGCCCUUCUAAUUCCGAUUCCCAAUGGCAGAAGCAGCCACCAACGCUCGUCCCCAACGCGAAGCCAAGAAGAGAGCCGCAGCUGCAAUAUGCGAAUUGCAAACCGCCACUAAGAAGAAACGCGUCGUUUUGGGAGACCUCACCAAUGUCUCCAACGCGGUCGCCGCACCGGAGCAACGUGUUUCGAAGAUUCAAAAACAGGAAAAAGUGAAAGUAGAGAAAACGACGCCGUUGGAAGCCACGCCGGAGAGCACAGACGACAGAACCGACCCUCAAUUGUGUAUACCUUACGCUUCGGAUAUACUCGAAUACCUUCGCAGCUUGGAGAUGGAUUUUCGAAAGAGACCUUUGCCUGACUACAUACAGAAGAUUCAAAGAGAUGUUAAUUCUAGUAUGCGAAGUGUGUUGGUUGAUUGGUUGGUGGAAGUUGCUGAGGAAUAUAAACUUGUGUCGGACACUCUGUAUUUAUGUAUUGCUUAUAUUGAUAGAUUCUUGUCGUUGAAUGCUUUGUCCAGACAAAGACUGCAAUUGCUUGGGGUUGCUGCCAUGCUUGUUGCUUCUAGGAAAUAUGAAGAGAUUAAGCCGCCUGAGAUUGAGGACUUUUGUUACAUUACGGAUAACACAUACUCUAAGGAGGAGGUUGUCACCAUGGAAGCUGAUAUAUUGAAGGCUUUAAAGUUUGAAUUGGGUGGACCUACGGUGAAGACAUUUUUAAGGAGAUUCUCUAGAGUUGGUCAAGAGGGUGUUGAUGCUUCUGAUCUCCAUUUUGAGUUCCUUAGCUGCUAUCUUGCCGAGCUCAGUUUGUUGGAUUACAAUUGUGUAAAGUUCUUGCCAUCUAUGGUGGCUGCAUCUGUUAUAUUUUUAGCCAGAUUUAUUUUAAGGCCAAAGACACAUCCUUGGAAUUCAGGGCUCCAUCAACUCACUAGAUACAAAUCUGCUGACUUGAAGGAAUGUGUUCAAAACGUACAUGACUUGUACCUCAGUAGGAAAGGGGGUUCUUUGCAAGCUGUGAGAGAGAAAUACAAACAACAUAAGUUUAAGUGUGUGGCAACAACACCAUCUCCUCCCGAGAUACCUCUUUCUUAUUUUGAAUAUUCAGGGACAGAUUCUUAGGCAAUUUUAGCUUUGGAUAUUUUUGCUAUGGCUUUGGUUUCAACUAUUGGCAGAAAAGUGUUUCCUAACACCAAAUAUGAGAGUUUCAGACUAAUGGCACUUGCUGCUGAUGCUUAUAGAGGGUGCUUGCAGUGAAUCGCAGUGACACUCAAUAUAUCUAUGCUGGCCACACUGACUUAGUGAUCAAACUUGGGUAAAUUGAGAUAACUCCCAUUCGUUGAGAAUUAGGUUCUUUUUUGACAGUUAGAAGUUCUUUGUAAGAAUUCCUUCAAGGAUUUGCCAUUUCUAUGUAUAGGGGAGUGCUAUUCGUUUUCAUUGGAGUUGUUCCAUUCUAAGCUACUAAGAUGUCCAACUUUAAUGUUCAGAAAUCAAUUUUUUCAGCAGUAAACAAGUGCCGUAUUGAGUAAUAGAAUAGAAUUGGUUAUUUGUGCU